AUGGUAAGCGAAAUAUGUGGCUUACCUUUGUGCGUGAAAGGUUCACCGCCCAUAUGGCAAUCGGCAGGCGACUACGAAGAAGAGGUCACAGUCCAUAUGACUAGUGAUGGUCUCCCCUUCGCACUUCCA